AUGGAAAGAUAUUUAAACAAAAAAUACAGAUUGGUAGAAUCGGAAAAUUAUGAUGAAUAUUUAAAACGUACUAAAGUCAGACUUUUUUUUAGGAAAUUAGAACAAAUAGUUCGGCAGACAAUAAAAUUGUACGAAAAAGAUGGAAAAUACGUUUUUGAAACUUAUUGGCCUAUGGUAAGUGUAUCCGCUGUUUUUCGUCCAGGUAUAUCAUUCGAUGAACAACGAAUAGACGGUGUUCAUGUUAAAUCCAUAAUUGAAUUUAAAGAUAAUAAAAUGAUUCACACGCAAAAAGUAAAUGACGAAGAAACAAAAUUCGUUAGAGAAUAUAGUGAUAAGCAAAUAAAAACAACAAUAACUUGUGGAAAUGUCAUCUGCCACAGAAUGUAUGCAAGAGUAUAUGAGAGAUGA